AUGGCGGAACAAAACGAACAACAACAGGACCUCCCUCAACCUUCCGAUCCCCCGUUACCAUUUGAUCCCAGUCGAAUGGUUGGUAUCAUCAAAAGAAAGGCCUUAAUCAAAGACUUAGCUGCUGCAUACCAUGCUGAAUGCCUUCACUAUUGUCAAGAGCUUUUGGAACUUCAAACUAAAUGGGAUGAGCCAUUUAUUGACUUAAAACCUCUCGAGGAAUCAAAAAAGGAGCCAUCACGACCCUCUAAACGCAUGAAAAAAUUGCGCUAG